CUCGCCUGCAACGCUUUUACUGUAAGCGUGCCGUGCCCGGCAGCCACAAUGCUUCGCGAGAGGUGAGUCGACUAGUGAUAAGAAAUCCUGGGAUACGUCCCUUUACCUUUAAUCUUCUGUCGCCCUUUCCUCUUAGGCUGGGCGAUAUCUGCCGUAACACUCUUUGAUCUUACAUUCACCUAGAGACGUUGCUAUGUCUGCUUCUUCGGGAUACGCGCGCUCCACACCCAUCGAGCUAUCUAGGGCUGAGGAAGCAGUGGAGCUGGAGAGCGGGUACAAGAAGGGUUUUGUUGAGAACAUCACGCCAUUGGGCUCGUCUGCCGGCGACCAUGAGAGUACAGACCUCGAUGACCCCGAAUGGCGACCCGGCUUCUUCAAUCAGUUUCCUAUUAUCGGCUUCGGAGCGCUCUGCAUGGUCCUCCUCUGCGCCAUCAGCUCAGUUGUUGUAUUACAGGUCUCGAACGAUCAAUCCUCAAGCAUCUGGCCAACGCAAAUAGCGCCCAACGUCCUGCUUUCCGGGCUGAACAGUGUGGCAAACAUCUGCUACGGCAUUUGCAUUGCCAAUGGCGUCGCGAUUGCUUGGUGGCGGCAGGUCCUCAAAGGCGCAACGAUCAAACAACUGCAUCGAUCUUGGAGUUUUAGCAUGUCGCUCAAGGACGUGUUGUUCAAGCUCAAAUACUUCAACUUCAUUGCGCUGGCCGCAUUGACGACGAAGCUCACCAUCAUUGAUAACAUGCUCAUGCAGAAAGCGACCUACACAUAUACAGACAUCGAUGCCCCAAAGUUCAAUCACACCGCUGCAAUCUAUGCCAAUUCAACGUUUCCUGUCACCGGAUAUGCAAAUAUGAAAAAGGGCGGUCCCGGCACCCUCAGCCAAGAGGUCAACUGGGACAUCGUCAGUUGGCAGCAAAAUGGCGGCGCUUUGCCAGCCUAUGGCGCCGGGCCGAAAGCCCUGGACUGCAAAGACUGUGGCGGAUACUACUUUCUCAACGUGUCCGCCGCGGGGUUUGAAUAUGACUGCACGGCGCCGGUGACAACUCCGAUAAAUCUAGGCCAGGCCACAAAGAACGUGACUUCGUGGUACGAUGCUCAUAAUGGGAGUUCUGCUGCGGAUAACACCUCUUCAUCCAGCAGCGAUGACCCUUCGGCAACCAUCCCUCCCUUGUUCUCCCUAAAUUUCACUACCAUUGAUUCUACUGGCAACACAGAUGACUUCACUAGCGAUUUACACGACGUUACUGGGUAUUCCUACAUACAGAUGGAUAUCACUUGGACGAAUGCCACGGAUGUUGCGGGUCAGGAAUGUCCUGGCUUCAUAACGCAACAGUCGUGCAAGUUACGGCCAGCCGUCAUCAAGUAUCCCGCAAUGGUCACGAACACCUCGAACGAAGGAAGUAUCGAUCGCUCAAGCAGCCGAUCUCUCUCCCCUUCGAUGAACCUCCAACUCAUGCCGUUUGAGUACUGGUACUAUUGGUACGGCUAUGGGAAAAUCGAGCCAGAAGUCGAGUUCGGAGUCUACAAUCUGAGUACGAAGCAGCUCAACGGCUUCGAGACUGUCUCGUAUGUGGACGUCUAUGAGCCCAGCUUGAACAACACUGGAGACCCAGUUGCUCGCUUGCUGGGCCUUGAGCAAGCAUUCACUGAGUACUUCGCCGGCUAUGCUAGUUUGAGCUACGAUGACGACGCAGGCUACUACUUGUAUCAGAGUGGCAAUGCACAGCGAUACCUCUACUCCAGCCCUGAGCAGAACAACAGCAAGAUUGACAUGUGCGGCUACACCUACACAGACCCCGUCAACAGCAACGAGACCGCGGCUUACGCUUCCAUCGGUUCUGUCGGUCCCGUCAUGCAAAGCAUCAAUCAGAUCAUGUUCUCCCUUGCGACAGACCCGUACAUUAGCGAUUACACGCCCUACUACCCCGGUGUCAACGAAACAGAGCAGCGUGUGGCGCCCAUGACGAUCAACAAGGACGUUAUCUUAGUUCGGCAAAGCGUGCACUACGCGACGAACUUUGGUUACAUGUGGGGAGCAUUUGCCAGUAUGCUUAUCUGCGUGGUGCUCGUGCUGCCGAGCUACUGGGGGUUCUGGCAACUAGGGAGGAAAGUGUCCCUUGGACCGUUUGAGAUCGCUCACGCAUUCCGCUCCCCAAUGACGGCAGCCGCUCACAAUGGAACCGUUGAUGACCUCAUCAAGCAGGUUGGCCAUCAGCGCGUGCGAUUCGGUCAGAUCAUUACUGGUGAUGGACAGGGCCUUCUCGCGGUAGCACCGCCGGAAGUUGUUGCCAGAGUUCAUCCGAGCAUCAAGUCUGCCAGAGCAGAAAUCAACGAAAAGAUGCAGCAAACCUUUGGUAAGACGAUGACGCAUUGAGGCCUGCAGACGGGGCAUGCCAUGACGAAGGAUUUUGCAGCGUUCAAGCGGUCUAGGACAAUACGGUAGGGUUACUUACGGGGAUCAAUGGCAAAUGUCACCACUACCUAGCGUCCCAAGCUUACAGAGCAGGUUUGCGCUCUCAUAGUUGGGACAGAUAGGGCAAUCAUCAACAUGGUUUAGGAUAAUAAGCAUCACUUCUGUCGAUUCCGUAACAAUAUCACGCCGGAAAGGACGCUUAGACAUUUACACCAACCGAUGCUCACUUUACACAGUUGAGAUGGAUGCCCCA